AUGUCUACAGAAUUAUUAUUUUAUUGCAUUCUUCCAGUUUUAGCACUAGCACAGAAUGCACUAUCAGAGGAGGCAAAUGAAUAUAGGCAAGACUUAUGGUCUUAUGUGGAUGAUACAGAACAAUGGCCAAAUCCAAACGAAUUAUCUAAUUUGCUGAAACGUUGGGCAAGUCAGUUGAGAUUUGGUAAACGGACAAGCUGGGCCAGUAAAGUACGAUUUGGAUGA